AUGUCUACCAGACUCGAUGGCCUUUUAAAGUCCAAGAACGUCGUCCUCUUCUUUGGAGGCGUCGUUUCCAUGGCAGCAGCAUACACAAUCUGGGGCAACGAUCAGGGAAUGUUUCCUCCUAUGGCUGAUCCUACUGGUGACCCCAAAACAUGGACCAGAGAAGAGUGUCAACUGUGGUUGAACAAGAGAAAUUUACACCCAGACCCCAAGGCUACGAAAGAAGAGCUUAUCGACAGAGUAAUUGCGAAUAUGCGUAUUCCCAGAAAGUAA